AUAAAUAUUCGGCUAAUUUAGACUUGUAGUAAAGCACAAUAUGCUCCGAGCGUCGCUGUUCACCAUCACAUCACGUCUUGCGGGGCAUUUCCUAUCACUAAAAUAUUCAUCUUUAGACAUCACUGACGACAUAAGCAAGCUGCACCCAACAUGGAGUAAUCUGUCAGUUCUCUUCCGAGUGAGAUUUUUGACCAAUUAAUUCAGUUUGGAUUGCAAAACCCACUUACGAUAGAUUCGUCGGGAGUAUACAAUUUCAAAUCUGCAAAUAUGGGAUGCAGGGACCUUUCUUUUCUGCCACCUACUAUUUUCACGGCGCUCUUUUUUCUUCUCUUCCCCGCCGCCUGUGCAGAUCUAACCUAUUCAGUUCCAGAGGAAACCCGAAGUCAGUAUGUGGUCGGAAAUAUUGCAAAAGACGUCGGGUUAGGAGUGCAAGGUUUAUCAGCACGUAAAGCGCGAAUAAACACUGAAGACAGCAGUAAAGGCUACGUUGACAUCAAUCUGAAUUCUGGAGAUUUGAUAGUAGUGGAGAGAAUCGAUCGAGAGGUGCUUUGUGGUCCAAGGAUAAAUUGCAUCUUGAAUUAUGAGCUCGUUUUAGCCAAUCCGCUUGAGGUGCAUCGCAUAUUCCUGAAUAUUCAGGAUAUAAAUGACAACGCGCCAAGAUUUCUUAAUGAGCACAUAAACCUCGAAAUUCCAGAGUCCGCUGUUAAAGGGCAGCACUUCCGUUUGGAUGAAGCUCACGAUUCUGAUAUCGGGCAAAACGGAGUGAAUGGCUAUUCGCUAGAAAACAACGACAAUUUUGUUUUGUUUGUGAAAGGAAACACCGAAAAUGGUAAACACGCAGAGCUUGUGCUUGAUAAAGAGCUGGAUCGCGAACAAAAGAAGAACGUUGACUUGAUUCUUACGGUAGUGGAUGGAGGGAUUCCUCAGAGAUCAGCGACUGCUGUAAUACACAUCACUGUGCUUGAUGCCAAUGACAAUGUUCCGGUGUUCAGUCAACCUGUAUAUAAAGUGGUUUUAGCUGAAAACGCACCAAUAGGAACAGAAGUAGUUAAUGUGAGUGCAGAAGAUGCAGAUGAAGGAGCAAACGGUGCGGUUACAUAUGAAUUCAGUCGCAUUGCUGAUAAUGCAGUGCAAUUAUUUAAUAUCGAUAAAGUCACUGGAGAAAUUAAGGUUAGCGGAGUGAUUGAUUAUGAAGAGGAAAAAUAUUAUGAACUAAGAAUACAAGCUAAAGAUGGAUCUGGUUUAGCAUCCACAGCGAGUGUUGUUAUAGAUGUCACUGAUGAAAACGACAAUGCUCCUAAAAUUAUUCUUACGUCUGUAAACAAUCCGAUACCAGAGAACACUGUUGUAGGAACUGAAAUAGCAAUUAUAAAUGUUCAGGAUAAAGAUUCAGGAGAAAAUAAACAGAUUCGUUGUUCAAUUAAUGGAAAUGUGCCUUUCAAAUUAAAUCCAUCUAUUAAGAACUAUUUUUCUUUAAUUAGCACAAAUUUCUUAGAUCGAGAAUCAGAUAAGGAUUACAACAUAACAAUCACUGCUACAGAUGGAGGCUCUCCACCUCUAUCUUCAUCUAUAAUCAUUCAUCUUUCUGUAUCCGAUAUCAAUGACAAUCCUCCUGUAUUUGAGCAGCAAUCCUACACUGCAUAUGUAAUGGAAAAUAACAAACCAGGAACAUCUAUUAGUGCUGUUACUGCAAAAGACCCAGACUGGAGGCAGAAUGGUACAGUACUGUAUUCUCUGUUCUCCAGUGAGAUAAAUGGUGUUUCAGUCUCCUCACUGUUAUCUAUAAACUCAGAUACUGGAGUGAUCCAUGCUGUGAGAUCAUUUGAUUAUGAAAAGUUUAGAGACUUUAAAGUUCAGAUUGUAGCCAGAGACAAUGGUUCUCCUCCACUCAGCAGCAAUGUCACUGUGAGUGUGUUCAUAUCAGAUGAGAAUGAUAAUGCUCCACAAAUAUUAUACCCUGCUGAGGAGGGAAAGUCUUUAAUGACUGAGAUGGUCCCAAAAUCUGCCCUCUCUGGAUCUCUGCUCUCCAAAGUGAUCGCUGUGGAUGCUGACUCUGGACAGAAUGCAUGGCUGUCCUAUCAGAUCAUUAAAUCUACUGAUCCAGGACUUUUUUCUAUUGGCCUCCAUAGUGGAGAGAUCAGAGCUCAGAGGGACAUUACUGAAUCUGACAGCAUGAAACAGAAUCUUGUUAUCUCAGUGAAAGAUAGCGGUCAGCCGCCUCUAUCUGCUACCUGUUCUGUAUAUUUACUUAUUUCUGAUAAUCUUGCUGAAGUUCCAGAACUUAAAGACAUGACUUAUGAGGAGAGCAAUUCCAAACUUACUUUUUAUUUAAUUAUUGCACUUGUUUCCGUCACCACCUUCUUUCUGACUUUUAUUAUUCUGAUCCUGGCUGUGAGAUUUUGUCACAGAAGAAAACCCAGACUGUUGUUUGAUGGAGCAGUGGCCAUUCCCAGUGCAUAUCUCCCUCCAAACUAUGCAGAAGUGGAGGGAGCUGGAACUCUCCGCGGUUCUUACAAUUAUGACACGUAUCUAUCUACAGGAUCACGCACCAGUGACUUUAAGUUCAUCACUUCUUACAAUGAUAUGACACUUACUGCUGAGGGAACUUUGAAGAAGGUUCAAAAUGACACUCUAGCAGCGAGUUUGAUUACACUUAACAAUACAACUGAUGAUGAUGAGGUAAGGACUAAUCUUUAGUUGUUUAUUAUGGUGCUUGUGAGAAUCAUGAUUUGCAUGUGUAAUUCUUAAAAAUAACCUUUUUUUAAUCAUUAGUCGAAAUCUUAUUGAUGUAUUCAGCUAUAGUGUGAUCUGAUAAACACAUUGCAUGUGAAUUGGGAUUGGUAUGUUUAUUAGUAACCUAUGAAUAAUGUCACACAAAUUUCAUAACAUAAACAUGUUUCACCUAAAACAUUUGUGCAUACCUUAUAUUAAGUGUUCAUUCUACCUGUACAAAUAUGCAUAAGCACUCCAUGUACUUUUAAUGUACCUAGUAAAGUGUUUAAUGAUAGAAUUUAUCAUUAGAAUGUAUAACAAAGGUUUUGCUUGUACACAAAGGUAGAUUUAGCAGUAUAUUUAAAAAAAUUGUAAAUGUUUGUCAUCAUGUAAUGGCAAAUUGAAUUAAAACAUGUAUACUGAAUCA